GUGUUUUUUGGGGGGUAUUGUACAUCAUUAGUACUAAAUAUAAAAUCAUCAGUUACUAUUUGGAGGUGUCGCUCGUUUUGUAUUUACUAGCCCGGAUACACGCGUGCCGCCGGGUGUCUCGCGGCUCGGCCAAUGGGAUUCGCGAUCGCGGAGGCCACGUUGAGCCGCUGGGCCAAUAAGCGUGCCGCAGAGCGCCACGGCUGCUAAUGCUCUCUACGAAAUUGUAUCCCCGGCGUGUUGUGUUUUUACUGUUGUUACGUUAAGUUGACGCGGUUUAGUUUAAUUAAUUUUACGUAAACGCGUGUGCAUUACGAGAUGGCUCAAAGUAGCAACGCACGGUUAAUUGCAACGCGGACAAAGUUAUGCGUUUAACGGCUUGUCACGUGUGUAACGGCCGCCACUCAAUGCAUUUUGUGCUGGACGCGUGCCUAUUGAGCCAGGCUAAAGCUCAUGCUGGCCUAAUUGUGUGUGGCCUGUACGAUGUGCUUUAUUGACAAGGGUCAUUGCCCGAAACGUCGCUUGUUAAUGUUUUUUUUUCUUUAAAAAAAAGCCACGGCGUUAUUGAACGUCUUGGGUUUUGGUUUUAUUUUGUGUUAUUUGUCCCGUUGCAAAAAAACGGAGCAGCAGCAUUACCAAAUACAGUAAUGUGUUGAAUUGUGUACAGUAUGUGUACUGUACAGUGCGGUGUGUUAAUGCGUCUUAUUGCCAUUGUGUAAGCCUUACGCAGAGAUUACCGCGUACACGACAGCUUUAACAACAACAACAAAAAAACCCACCGCGAACUAUGCAACUGUGUCCGCGUAUGACGGCGUGCAGUUUACAACAACGCGUAGCGGUCUCCACCGCCGUUGAAUUUUAAUAGCCAACAAGCACAAAAUGAGCCAGCAAAUAACAGCAGCUGUCGGUGGUGGUGGUGGCGGCAUCCUUGUGGAACACAACACGACCGCACAACAACACCAAAUAAUGCCUCUUCCCCUGCAGCCCCCGCACACACAACGCCGGAGCAAAAGCUCAACAAGUCUACGAAACGUUUACAACCGGCAUAUAGCGGGCAGAGCUGGACAAGUGGAUGCAGUGGCUGGCAAAGGAGUGGACGAGGUGGAGGAGGAAGAUGAUGGGACGGAGUGGAAUCCAUGGGGCCAGGAGUUUGAGAAAGAACCUCCGUACAAGCCGAGGCCUCGCCCUGGCCCAGAGGAUGACUCCACGUGGAUUGUAAAGGUUCCUGGGGCUGCACCAGGGGCACCGCAAGCCACCAUCAUCCUGCCCCCAGGCCUGCGCAGGGUGCACAUCUGGGGAAAAGCUGCCAUUGGGAUGUACUUGUGGGAGCAUGUGUUUGGAGGAGAGCUGGUGACCAUGGAUUCUUCUGGGCAGUGGCAAGAGGGAGCCAUGACCAUUAAGGACAUGUAUUUCAGGUUCCGUACAGGCCCCAUGUUGGUGCCUGAGCAGGUGCCACUGGAGGGUGCGGAAGCGGUGAUGCUCGUUCUAAAUGGCCGCGAGGAUAACAAGGUGGCAUUUGCCAGGCCCUGGCUGAAGUGGGCGCAGCAGCUGGUGGAGCAGGGCAGGAUCCGCGGCGCCGGCCUCGUGCUGCUGGGGAACGAGCGUUGCGACAACGAUUGGCUGGUGCCGCUACUGCGCGGCGCUGGCGGCUUUCUGGAGCCCACGUUCCUCGUGUACGACAGCCCCUUGGUGGACGGCUCCUCUGUACUGCAGUGGCCACUCGGUGUUGCGACGUACAGAGGCUUCCCCAUCGUGAAGCCGUCCGAGGUAUCCCUGGAUGAGCCGCGUCGCUACACCUGCAAUUUCCUGGGCACCGUGUACCCGGGCUCGUCCCGCGUGGCCAUGCUGCGCGCACUUCACGAGUCUGGCUUCAGGGACUCCUGCCUCGUUGUGGAACGCGAGCAGUGGCAGCCGAUGGAGACGUCCGAGAGCCGCGGGCGCUACAUGGAUGCGCUGCGGCAGAGCGACCUUACACUUUGCCCCGUCGGCGUCAACACGGAGUGCUACCGCAUCUACGAGGCGAGCGCGCUGGGCUCCGUGCCCGUUGUUGAGGACGUCCUCACCCCGGGCCAUUGCGGAAACUCCACGGCGAACGGUGGGCGGUGGACGCGGCACGCGGCGCCUCUCCGCCUGCUUAAGGCUGCCGGCGCGCCGUUCGUCUUUGUACGGGACUGGAGCGAGCUGCCGGCCGUGCUGAGGCGAGAGGCCACCAUGAGUGCACGGGACAAAGCGGAGAGGCGAGCGCGGCUCGUACGUUGGUACGAGAGCUUCCGCGUGGAGAUGCGGGACACUUUCGUCGGCGCAAUCCGCAAGUCCUACUUUGGUAACAGGAUGUCGUGACAUUUGGUUCUGCACUUUGUGGGGGUGCAGGGUGGGUUUGUGUGCGGUUUUAAAGCGCUUAAGAGAACGCAAAUAAUUAUUGAAAAAUUGAAUAUAAAUUUUUUUACAUUUUUAAAAUGGAAGUGUAACAAUACAUAGAGAAUAUUUUUGGAAUCAAGUUUUUUUGUGAAGUAGAAAUAGAAUUUGUGCGUGUAAUGCCGUGUUUGGAAUUAUUAUAUACAACCUCUAGUUGAUCUGCCAAAACCAAAUUGUAAAAGUACAAUGUGUAUAGGUGCGGUUGUCUAAAGCUCAUGCUUUGCAUGGUUAAACUUGUAUCCCAAAAAUGGAGGUGCCCACACACACACGUGCGUACCUCAUGGCUUAGCUAUCAACAGUGUAGGCAGUGCAACUGCACCGUAGCCCAUGUGCCAUCGAGGGCCAAACAAGCACCAUGCUACAAAGAGCCGGAGGGGAGGGAAUUGAACAGGAGAACCGAUAACAUUCCUCGCACCGGGGCCCAUGCCAACCACGCCACACAGCCAUAUUGGAGUUGCGAUAAUCUCUUGUCUUCAGACUAGAUUCGUUGACAGUGGAGAAAGUAGAACGCAAUUGCAUGUGAUGUUGAAGUUUUAUAACGCAUUAGAAUGCUUGCUUUAUAUGCAUUCAAUUCAACAAAUGAGCGCUUUCGAGACACCCAGCUCUGAAUGAAGUUCUUUGUUUAAAUGUUUUCUUAAAUCAUGUGCUUUCUUCUGUCAGCAAAUGCCGAUUUUAUAUACAAUUGGGUUUAAUGGAAUGGACUAUGCAACAAAAGGGCCAUAAGCAUAUCAAUAUAAAGACUAAACAAUCCUUUGCGUGUGAAUUAGAUGGCUGGAUGUGAGUAAAUUUUGAGUUUGAUUCAUGGUACAGUACUGUAUGACAAUACCAUUUAUUUACCUAGGAAAGCCUUGUGGUGUCUCAAGAUUGUUUUGAGGAGGGUCAUGCCCAGCUAGUUUCACAAACAAGCGUGAUCCACAACCCCUUGUCCCUUCAAAGUAUUUGAGCACGGACGAGCAUCACCAUUCCGGGUUGUUUAUAGUUAGUAACUUAGUUGGUGGGGAACAUUUUAAAUCAUAUAUUAAUGAAAAAUGUUAAAAGCUUCAGAUUUUACUUGAUUAACUUGGUUUAUAUAGCUACGUGCGUGGACUAUUGGACUUAAGAGUGAAGACACCAACUGUUAAACACGAACCACUCCUGUGAUUGUUAAUUGUCUACUACUGAACAUGGUUCCUGUCUACUUGAAGAUAUUUGUGAAGCUAUUUUCUUCAUGGAAUGCCUGAUGAACCUUUUGUGAAGACCGGUGCGAUGUUGGUUUGUGAGAUGUUAAUUCUGAAAGUGAAAGGCUGGAUCUGUUGCCAUAAAUUGUUAAAUUCAAUAGCAAUUAAAAGUUACCAUUUUCCUCGUUACCAUGGAUAGCAGUUUUCAGAUAUCUGUGAUUUAAAGGGCAGCUAUUAUUGAACUAACCUUAACGUAUUGUAAUGUCUCCAGUACAAAUUCAAGUAAAUUUUUACUAAAUUAAGUCGGAAAUGUUUCGUGUAAUUGUUUGCCUACUGAAAGUUGAUAUAUGGAAUAUAAACAUUGUAAAUGGUACUUUUUCAUGAGUAAAAAACACUUACGAGAAUGUUGAGAAAUGUUUAGCCAAAUUAUGAUAAUAUAUUAUAAUUGCAAUAGAAAUUGCAAGAAUAAUUCAUUCAUGUUGCGUGUUAAACCUGUAAGUUCGUGCUACUUAAAAUUUCUGGAAGAAUGAAUCGCAGUUUUAUAUACUGCAAUUGCUUAAUUUAGAACUUGUUGAAAUGCUUGCUACAUUAUAAUUGCUUUGACAUAGCAAACUGCCAAGCCUCAUUAAAUGGGUAGUUGUAAGACUGAUUAAAUUUGGAUUUCAUUAAGACAAUCAAUAGUUGGCAAUUGAGCUGUAUAAUAUGGUAUAUUUUGGAGUUUAUGAACUGUAAGCUUUAUAAGAUUACGUUACAGUGGAUAAUGCAUAAAUCUGCCUGUUUUUAGUUUUUACCAAAGUGCACGUGGCUGUAACAACGUUAAUGGAAUAUUUGUAUCAUGAGGGCCUGUCAGCCCUUUUCUUACUACUGAUGCUGCAAGUAUUGUUUUACCGAUACAUAUAAAGAUAUCCUGUGUUCUGA